CUCGCUGUAGGGUUUCAUUCUUAAUAAGAAACCACGAGGAGGGAUUUAAAACGUGCUUUCAUCGUAUAACCUCAUAGUGUGAAUAAGCAUAAAUGCAGCACUUAGUAUAAUACAACGGUACCAUUGCGGUACAUGAGAAAAAUGCAGAAGUGUAUUAUUUGUGGCAGUAAAGAUUUUUAUAAAGAAGCAGGGCAUUUUUACUGUCAAACGUGUCAAACGCAAAAUGAGGCAACGAGCCACGAGGAUGGACUUCAUGGGAAUUGUACAAUUUUGUUUUAAUUGGUCUAACGAAUGAACUAAUAGAUCUUGGAGUUUCACCAGAUAUAAAAUUAACAAUAUUACAAUUGUGGGCAACAUAUUUAGGCAAUCUUGAAGUAGCAUUUAUAUCGACUAAAAGAAAAUGCAUGCCAAAGUUGGCUAAAAGAUAUAAAAAAAGGGAUGCAGAAAUUAUUUAUGGCACAGUGCAACCACAGAAAAAAUCCAGAAAACGCAGGAGUACUGGGAGUACUACAGAUACUUCUAUUGUAUCAGGUGGAACUAGUGAGGGUGGUUCUACGAAAGAAUUGAACAGAACUAAAAAUACAGUUUAGUUCCCAUGCCAAAGAAGAAACAAGAAAAAUUAAGAGGUUAUCUAAAAAUCUACCUAGAUGUGAAAGAGUACAAUAUAGAGCAAAGCACAUAAGUACUCAAUAUAGAAUGGGACCUAAUGUAAUUACACCUACACGACUAUGGGCAAUUAUAUAUUUAGCUUUAAGGAUACACAAUCAUCCUAUACAAUUAGGAGAUAUGUUAAGAUAUGGAAGAGAAGGACAUUUAUCUUAUUAUAAGUUGGACCAUUUAUUGCCACCAGAACUGAACUUGACAGCAACUGAAAGAAGUUUCUUAGUUUCUCAGAAUGUUGAAAUUACACAUAAAGGAAUGAGAAAAAUUAUUACAAGUAUGGCAAAAUCUCUUCGUGUAUGGGAUAUAGUCUGUCCAGAUCUUCUAUCUUUAGUUAAUAGAUAUUGUCAAGAAUUAGGAUUACCAAGGGGCAUUCAAUUAUAUACAGGAAGAUUAAUAGCUUUAUCAGCUCCCAAAAUGGUAUUUAAUGUAAAAACAUCAUGCAUUCCAAACUAUGAAGGUCGUGCAAUCGCAUUUAUUAUAGUGGUGUUAAAAAUUUUACUAGGUCUAGAUGGUAUAACAGAGUAUCGUAUCACUUGUAAAAAAGCCGCUGUUAAUGGUUAUAAAAAACUAAUGAAUGGUGGAACUUCAGUGGAUGCUGUAGAAGCUGCAUUAUGGUGGCUAGAAUGUGAUGAAUUUUUUAACUGUAGUUACGGAUCCGUGUUAAAUGAAAUAGGAAAAGUUCAAAUGGAUGCUAGCAUAAUGGAUGGUAUCACAUUUAAAUGUGGAUCGGUAGCUGCAGUUUCAGAUAUAGAACAUCCUAUAAUGCUUGCAAGAUAUGUUAUGAACAAUUUUCCAAAUUCUAUCUUUGUGGGUGAAGGAGCUAAAAAUUUAGCAAAGCGUGCAAAUUUAAAUUGGAUAUCAGAAGGAAAUAUGGUUGCACCAACAGCGCGUAUAGCUUUUCAUUCAAGAGAAACAGAACAAUUUGACACUAAUAUUGAUAAUCAAAGUUUAUUGGAUAUCGAUAUGUUAACGAAUAGUUCUGGUACUGUUGGUUGUGUAGCAUAUGACGGAUAUAGUAUAGCUGCAGGAACUACGACAGGUGGUUUAAAUAAAAAGUUGGUAGGAAGAGUAGGAGAUACUCCAAUAUUAGGUUGUGGUACAUAUGCCAUUAAAGAAGUAGGUUGCUCCUUAACAGGGCAUGGAGAAUCUAUAAUGAAAUUAGGAUUAGCCCGUGAAAUUGUAGAAGACAUUGAAUAUAAUAAUAUUCCUUGCGAGGAAGCUCUAUAUAAACACUUUUCUCAUAUACUAAAAAAAUUUGAACAAGUCGGUGGUGGAAUUGUACUUCAGUCAGAUGGUCGUUGGGCAACAUAUUUCACUUCUAAUAAAAUGCCAUAUGCUGUCAUUGAAAACGAUUUAAUUACAUAUGGAGCAAGAUUAUAUGAAGAAAGGAGAGAAGUAUAUAAUAACGAAAAAAAUUCCGAGUGCGAAUGUCCCUUUAUAAUUGUACUUUUAAUCGUGGCUAUUAAACGCAGUUUACUCAAGGAAAAACUUUUUAGUUUUGAAGAAUGGCAAAAAUAUAUUGAAUGCAGGAAGACAAUUUUAGUACACGCUCAUUAUCCAACUAAAGCGAAAUACAGUCCAGAUUCAGAUGGAAUCGACGAUUUAUAUUUAAAAUUUUUAGAAUUUAUAUCUUCUAAAUCCAAUAGAGACGAACCCGAGAUAAAAAAUUCUAAAUAUUACUUGCCGGAAGAAAUUAUUAGUGCUAUGGCAAAACACAUAACUAGUUUAAAUAUAAAUGAUUCACCGCUAAAGGCAAUAGAUAUAUUUCCACCAUCUUUAACACCGCUUCACUCGUAUCUGGAACAUUUAUUGGAUCAUCCGUUUUACGAUAUUCCUAGUAUACUACGAAAUAAUUUUUUUUCUACAAAAGUUGGAUACAUGACAAAAUCUGAUGUUUUAAUACAGCUAGCAACAGAAUGUGAUAUAGAGUUAGAAAUAAUCGAUUCGAACGUACAUUUUCUCGAAAAAAAUGUACCUCCAUUUGAACAACCUAGAAUGCCAAGUAUAAAUGAACUAAAACAGCUUAUCGAUAUAGAAGAUGACUUGCAGGAUCAAAAACCUAGUAGUGAAAGUGUGAAUGACUAUUUACACGCUAAAAUACCAUGUAGUAUUAAAUUUGAUGCUAUUAAAAAUCAGUAUUACGACAAUACUGUAAAUGCAAUGAGGAGUUCUGAAAAUACUAAUGUAGACAAUUAUUUUACAUUUGCCGAAACUCUGCCAAAUGGAAAAUUAGCAAUACCUGUUGAUAUCGAUACCGAAAGCGAAGAAAACCCAAGUUUUACUAAUGAUUUAGAUCAAGAAAUACUUUUAGAAAAGAAACUACAUGAUAAAUACAACGUACAUUUAUCAAUAGCAGAAAAAGAAUCCAUUCGUAAAUCAAGCAGAGUGAAAAAAUUAUGUUGCAAAAAAUAUAAAAUUCAACAUCAACGAAACGCUAAGGGUCAAUUUAUUAAAAGUAGCGCUGUAAAAAUUGAAAAAGAUGAAUUUGAAUUUGAUGCUGUAGAAAAUAUAAAUUUUAACGAUAUUACUGACGCAAACGUGAUAAAUGAAUCGCGUAUGCGUGUUGAAAAUAAUGAAGAAAAUCAAUUCAUUUUGCCUGAUAUUAACCUUAAUGACAUCAGUCUUAAUGACAUUGAUCUUAGUAACAUUAAUUUUAAUAUAAAUGACAUGUUUAACUUCAGUAACGUUUCAUGUCUUAGUCAAAAUAACAGCACACUUGAAUCUGUAGCAAAUAAGGAGAAAACUGAGGUAAAGAAGAGGAAUCAAUUUUUUAAACCUUCCAAGGAGUAUUGGAUGUACGACUGCAUUUUCAGCCGUGUGAAACCAAAAAAUUUUGCUACGUUUGAAAAAUCUCUGCCGCGUAGCUUUCGUUGGUUGUUAAAUGAAUGCGCACUUAUCGUAGAAAUGUCCACAGAAGAUUUGUACGAAGAAGUAUGUUUAAUAGAAAAUUAUUACGCACACGUUUUAAAACCUGGCCCCUCGAACGGCGAUGAUCGUAACGACAUAAAUUCAAUACCCAAGAGUCAAUUGAAUUUUAUUUUAAGUAAAUGGUAA